GGGUGCCCCGUGACGGUCCCAGGGGUGACAUUACCUGCCCAACCUGCGCCGCCGCUCCCACGCCUGGAGGCAGCCGGCCCGGGCCUCCCUGCUCCGCCAACGCCGCUCGCGUCGCCUUCGCUCCCCGCCUGCGCUCCCUCCUGGGACCCCACUCACUGCUGGGACCCCACUCACAGCCCGGCGGUGAGGAGACUUUGCCCCCCGCAUCGCCUCCCCGCAGCCCGCCCCGCUCCGUGGAAGGAAGGAGGAAACCUCGGGCGGAGGGAAGGAGGAAACUGGGCGGCAGCUGGGAGAUAUGAGCAGCGCCGAGGAGGACUACAACUUUGUCUUCAAAGUGGUUCUGAUUGGGGAGUCCGGCGUGGGCAAAACCAACCUGCUGUCCCGCUUCACCCGCAACGAGUUCAACCACGACAGCCGCACCACCAUCGGCGUGGAGUUCUCCACCCGCACCGUCCUGGUGGGAGAUGCCGCAGUGAAGGCACAGAUUUGGGACACGGCCGGGCUGGAGCGGUACCGCGCCAUCACCUCUGCGUACUACCGUGGGGCUGUGGGUGCUCUGGUCGUCUUUGACAUCACCAAGCACCAGACGUACGACGUGGUGGAGCGCUGGCUGAAGGAGCUGUAUGACCACGCCGAGGCCAGCAUUGUGGUCAUGCUGGUGGGCAAUAAGAGCGACCUGGCGCAGGAGCGGGAGGUGCCCACGGAGGAGGCGAAAAUGUUUGCAGAGAACAAAGGGCUGCUCUUCAUUGAGACAUCGGCGCUGGACUCCACCAACGUCGAGGAGGCGUUCGAGACUGUCCUGAAGGAGAUCUUCGGCAAAGUGCAGAAGCAGAAGCAGAGGAGCAGCCAAAGCAGCACGGUGUCACUCGGCAGCGAGAGCCCGGACAGCGCGGCCGCAGCGCAGGCAGAGAAGCGGCCGUGCUGCGUGGCCAUCUGAGCUCGUCCCGGGGCUCGCGGCCGCCGGCACAGCUCGGUGGCAGCCGACCUGCCGUGCCGCCCGUUGUCCCGGCGCGGCGGCAGCCCGGAGCGUGGCCGCGCUCUGCCGUAAGCAGCGCGGAGCGUCGGUGCAGCUCUGCGCGGUGUCGGUCCGUCCCCGCGGCGCAGAAGCGCUGAAGUGCCGCCGCCGCCGCCGCCUCUCCGCGGGAGCUGCUGCCGUUGUGCCGUUACUGCCGCGGGGCCGUCGCGCCCCGUCCCUGUGCCCCGCACCACGGAUGUGCCCAACCCCACCGCUCUCCAUCCCCGCUGGGAACCGCUCGGGGGUCGCUGCAUCCCGAGCCCGACGGGGCCCUAAGAAAGAGCCCCGAGGGGGGAAGCAGCUGUGCCCACCCCGCGCGCCUCUGUCCCCAUCUCGGUGUGUCGUGGGUCGGUCCGACAGCAAAACGCAGCCCGCGGCCCCACCGCUCACCCGGCGCUGCUCCGUGCUGGACAGCCAUUAAAGGACUGUGGAAGGCA